CUCGCCUUCGCCUCUUCUCAUUUGCCCGGUCGGCGUUGAGGCACGUUUUAAAGCUCAAACGUCGAAGCGUCUAAGGCAGGUCGCCAGCCCAAGGCCCUCGCGGCAUCCGUGUUAACGCACUUGUCUCCCAAAGGCCCCGAGUCCACACCACAAAAAGAACGCCACCAGACGCGACAAACAACGCUGCCGAUGCUCCGCCAGACCUGCUCCGUCCUGCUGCGGCGCCGCACUUCUGCGCUGCGAGCCUUCGCCACGAAACCGGACCUGACGCUCGUCGAGGAUCGGGACGGCAUUCGGACGAUCACGAUGAACAACCCGGCCAAGUACAACGGCUGGACGGACCCCAUGCUCCGGAGCUGGAUGGGCCGCUUCGCCGAUGCCGCGACCGACGACAGCGUCAAGGCCCUGAUCCUGACGGGCAGCGGCAAGUACUACUGCGCCGGUGUUGAUCUAAGUGGCACGAUAAAACCCAUGUGGCCGAAGCAGCUGCACGACCAGAUCUACACCUUCAACAAACGGGUGUUUGACACGUUCCUCGAGUUCCCGAAACCCUUGUGUGUUGCGGUAAACGGGCCGGCCAUCGGCGCGUCCGUGACGACGGCGACGCUCGCCGACUGCGUCGUGGCGUCGACGAACGCGACCUUUUCCACGCCCUUCGCGCGGCUCGGGGUCCCGCCGGAAGGCUGCUCCAGCGUCCACUUCGCGCGGCUCAUGGGCCCCGAGAACGCGAUGAGGAUGUUGGGGAUGGACGGCUGGGCGCCCACCGCCAAAGAGGCGGCGGCCGUGGGGCUCAUCAACGAAUGCGUGUCUUCAGAAGAUCUGUUGGACGCGGCGCAUGCCCAGCUCCGGUCGCGGCUCGCCAACGCGGACUACGUGAAGAACCACCGGGGGUACGCGGACACGGCCGAGUUGAUAAAAGUGAACGACCGCGAGUCGAAGGACCUCGCGGACGCGUUCCUGGCCGUCCCCUUCCUGCGGGCCCAGGCCGACUUCCUCGCGUCGAAGGGCAAGAAGAAGGAGGCCCUCGUCUUCGAGGCGCUCGUCGCGACGCGGCCCGCGUGGAGCCUGUUGCUGUGAUUUAGAACUGGUC